GAACAAGCACAUGUCCUAUUGUUUAAUAGUUUUACUGAAAGUCUUACUUUCUAUUACUUUCUAUAGCCAUAGCUAGCUAAGUUAGCACUUUAGAUAGACAGGCUAGCUGCAUUAGCUUAGCUUACCUAGCUGGCUAAAGAUACUUGCUAAUUGACAGUAAGUGAAUCAGUAAGAUCCAUUUUAUCUUCAACCUUUAACCCAAACUACAUUGACAAUGAAAGCUGCAGAGGAUCAGGUUGUUGAAGAGGAUACUAGUUUUCAGGAUGAUGAGGAACCCUUCUUCCAAGACAUUGACCUCCUACAGAAACAUGGGAUUAAUAUGGCAGACAUAAAAAAGAUGAAGUUAGUGGGCAUCUGCACUAUAAAGGGGAUCCAGAUGACUACUCGAAAGGCUUUGUGCAACAUCAAGGGCCUGUCGGAGGCAAAAGUGGAAAAGAUUAAGGAGGCUGCUGGGAAAAUGCUGAAUGUUGGUUUCCAGACCGCCUUUGAGUACAGUGCAAAGAGGAAGCAGGUGUUUCACAUCACAACCGGGAGCCAGGAGUUUGAUAAACUUUUGGGUGGCGGUAUAGAGAGUAUGGCUAUCACGGAGGCCUUUGGAGAGUUCCGCACGGGGAAAACCCAGCUGUCUCACACAUUCUGUGUCACUGCCCAGCUGCCAGGCGAGGAUGGCUACACGGGCGGGAAAAUCGUCUUCAUUGACACAGAGAACACCUUUCGUCCAGACAGACUGAGAGACAUCGCUGACAGGUUUAAUGUGGACCACGGUGCAGUGCUGGACAACGUGCUUUAUGCCCGGGCCUAUACCAGUGAGCACCAGAUGGAGCUGUUGGACUUUGUAGCUGCCAAAUUCCAUGAGGAAGGAGGAGUGUUCAAGCUUUUGAUCAUCGACUCCAUCAUGGCUCUGUUCAGAGUAGACUUUUCUGGUCGAGGCGAGCUGGCUGAGCGGCAGCAGAAACUGGCCCAGAUGCUCUCCAGGCUGCAGAAGAUCUCUGAAGAGUACAACGUAGCAGUGUUUCUCACCAACCAAAUGACAGCUGAUCCCGGUGCAGGAAUGUCGUUUCAAGCUGAUCCCAAGAAGCCAAUUGGUGGGCAUAUCCUGGCCCACGCCUCCACCACACGGAUCAGUUUGAGGAAGGGGCGUGCCGAGAUGAGAAUUGCCAAAAUAUUUGACAGUCCCGACAUGCCUGAGAAUGAGGCCACUUUUGCCAUCACUGCUGGAGGAGUUACUGAUGCCAAGGAGUGAAGGAUUGAAGGAAGAGAGACACACACGUGUUAACAUA